CCCCCCAUUGUUGAGCAAUGGAGUGUUUCUCAGGGAACACAGCAAGGUCACACAGAAGCAUUUGGGCGGGGGACUAAAGCACAGGGUGGUCGCAUUGUGUACUUUCCCAAGGCCUCCAGAAGCUUCAGUAAGUAAAGAGGGUGUGUGGGGGACGGCUGUGGUGAAGCUGACAGUCAGUCAAGGACAUUGCUUGGCCUGCUGUUAUGAGUCUGUAAGGAUAAACAAGCCCAGGAAUGUUAAGAUGAAAUAUUAAGUGACACACAAAAUGAAACUAAAAAGUAUGAAGCAAUGUGUGCAGAGGUGAUAAGAGUUUGAGAUGAUGAACAAGUGUGACGUAACUAUAUGAUAAGCAGACAUGUGUGUUAAUCUAGAAUUAAGAAAGUAAAGUAGCCACGAACAGUAUAAAAACUUGAGGCUCACGGCCAGAAGACAUUCUCAAAAUGACUUGCUAGACAUGCUGUCAGAGCGGUCAUAGAGAAUCCAACGAACCAGCAACUUCACAGCUGAGACCGUCCAAGAGCCAGAGAACUAGCUCUUGCCUGCGGAUCAAGACUUGCUGAUCCAGAGGUCUACAUCGAGAGCCAUGGACCAUUAUCAGGAAUAGGAAGAAUAAUUCCCUGACAAGAGCAGAAAUUGUGGCAGAAACCGAAAACAAUAACCUGUGGAUAACACAAGUGUUUUGUCUGCAUGUGUACCUACACGCCGGAAGAGGACACCAGAUCCCAUUACAGAUGGUUGUGAGCCACCAUGUGGGUGCUGGUACUCAGGACCUCUGGAAGAGCAGCCAGUGCCCUUCACCUCUGAGCCACCUGUCCAGCCCUAUGAAUUCCUUCUUGUGGAACAGGCCUCUGAUUGAAGUAGAAGGGGUUUGGUUAACCCCGUAACAGCUCUGCCACUAUUGCAGUAGGGCACAUCUUACCUGCAGGAACUGUUCUCACUAGGGAGGAUCGAGCAUAAUCCUUUAAGAAGACUUUACUUUCAAAGAGUAUUUCGUGAUCGUAUAGAAUUGUUGCUUUCCGCACAGACCGUCAUGGGGCAAGUGUUGGCGAUCCUUGUCUUUGUACUAAGCAUCGGCUCUCUCAUAAUCUAUUUCAUCAAUUCAAGAGACCCCGUUCGAAAGUGUUCUUCACAUCAAGACAAAACCGUCCCUGUUGAUUUGAGUUUCAAUGUUUUCUUUACUUUUUAUUUUGGGUUGAGGUUUUGGGCAGCUGAAGACAAGAUCAAGUUCUGGCUGGAGAUUAAUUCAAUUGUAGACAUUUUUACUAUCCCACCAACCUUUGUUUCUUAUUAUUUGAAGAGUAAUUGGCUAGGUUUAAGGUUUCUGAGAGCUCUGCGGUUGCUUGAACUCCCUAAAAUCCUACAGAUCCUCAAGGUCAUCAAGACCAGCAAUUCAGUGAAGCUUGCUAAACUCUUGUCAAUCGUUAUCAGUACCUGGUUCGCAGCUGCAGGAUUCCUUCACCUGACCUUUCCUUUGCCAUCUCUCUUUGGACAGGUGGAAAAUUCUGGUGAUCCCUGGCUCAAUGGCAGGAACUCACAGUCUAUGUCAUAUUUUGAGGCCGUUUAUCUGGUAACAGCAACAAUGUCAACUGUUGGCUUUGGGGAUAUUGUGGCCAAGACAACCCUAGGACGGACUUUUAUUAUUUUCUUCACCCUUGGAAGUUUGAUACUGUUUGCAAACUGCAUCCCAGAAAUGGUGGAGCUUUUUACCAGCAGGAAGAAGUACAUCAAGCCCUAUAAAGCAGUCAAAGGAAAGAAGUUCAUCGUGGUCUGUGGAAACAUCACAGUUGACAGUGUGACUGCCUUUCUUAGGAAUUUUCUCCACCAUGAGUCAGGAGCAAUCAACAUGGAUAUUGUGUUCCUCGGAGAGGCUCCUCCGACCUUGGAAUUGGAGACCAUACUGAAGUGCUCCUUGUCCUACACGAUGUUUAUAUGUGGCUCCGCUCUGACGUUUGAGGAUCUGAAGAGAGUUUCAAUGGAGUAUGCAGAAGCUUGCCUGAUUCUAGCCAACCCCUUGUGCAGUGACUUGAAUGCUGAAGACAAUUCAAACAUCAUGAGGGUGCUUUCUAUUAAGAACUACUGUUCCCAUACCAGAGUCAUCAUUGAGCUCCUCCAGUCCCACAACAAGGUUUUCCUGUCAAAAAUCCCCACCUGGAACUGGAGUACUGGUGACAAUAUCAUCUGCUUUGCAGAGCUAAAGCUUGGAUUUAUAGCCCAAGGCUGCUUGGUGCCAGGCCUGUGCACCUUUUUGACCACUCUGUUUAUUGAGCAGAACCAAAAGGUUUUCCCUAAACAUCCCUGGCAAAAAUAUUUCUUGAACAGCUUGAAGAACAAAAUCCUAACACAGCGCCUCUCUAACGACUUUGUCGGGAUGACGUUUCCCGCGGUUUCCCGGCUUUGCUUUGUGAAGAUGCAUCUCAUGCUGAUAGCCAUCCAGUACAGGCCCCAAUUUCACAAUUGUUGUAGUCUCAUACUCAAUCCCUCGGCACAAGUGAAGCUGACUAAGGACACCCUGGGGUUCUUUAUUGCUGAGUCCCCACAAGCUGUCAAAAGGGCCUUCUUUUACUGUUCCACCUGUCACAAGGAUGUGUACACUCCUGAGCUAAUUGAAAAAUGUGAUUGCAAAAACAGCCAGCAACAAGCCCUAGGGCCAGACAUCGUGGUGAUGAAAGGCAACAAUAAGAAAUUCACCUGCAAUUCAGAAAAUCAGAAUUUUAUUUCAAGAGAACAGGAGAGCUUUCUUGCCAGCACAACCUUUGAGAAUAGGGAUGGGGCAUAUGACUCCGUGGAGGACACUGCCGAGCAGCUGGACAGCAGUGGAAUGUUUCACUGGUGCCGAUCAACACCCUUGGACAAGGUGAUUCUGAAACGGUUUGACAAGUCAAAACCUGAGUUUCGGAACCACAUUGUAGCAUGUGUAUUUGGAGAUGCCCAAUCAGCCCUGAUCGGGCUUCGGAACUUUGUGAUGCCCCUGAGAGCCAGCAACUACACCCGGAAAGAGCUGAAGGACAUUGUGUUUCUCGGGGCUCUGGAAUACUUCCAGAGAGAAUGGCGAUUUCUCCAGAACUUUCCCAAGAUACACAUUUUUCCUGGAUCUGCACUCUACACUGGAGAUCUGCAUGCGGUCAACAUAGAGCAAUGCUCCAUGUGUGCGAUCUUAGCAUCCCCGUCCAAGCCACUGAGCAGCCAGCUUCUGGUGGACACUGAGACUAUCAUGGCCACUCUCAACAUCCAGUCCCUGCGGAUCAGCUGCCCUACCCCGAUGCCUCCAGUGCCAGGAGUCAGUACUGCAUCCACCUUCAGUAAAUACCAGGAAAGAAGAUACCAGCAGAUCCCCAUUCUCACUGAACUGAAGAAUCCCUCCAACAUCCACUUUAUUGAGCAGAUGGGUGGAAUGGACUGGGCACUCAAAGGAGCUAGCCUGCAUCUCAGCACUUCCUUCUCCAGGGGCACUGUCUUUUCAGCCAACUUCUUGGAUUCUCUUCUGGCCACGGCCUUCUAUAACUAUCAUGUCCUGGAAUUACUUCAGAUGCUAGUGACAGGAGGUAUCAGCCCUCAGAUGGAACAAUGUUUGGUUCAGGAGAAGUCCUACGGGAUCCAGGCAGAUUGUGCCACAGUCACGUCUAGAAGGUCGCGGUGUAAGCUGGAGCUUCUUUCUUUAGACCAUACCAUCCUAUCAGACAUUGAGCCAAGGAAAACCUUUGGACAACUGUUCUGUGGCUCCUUAGAUAAUUAUGGGAUCCUAUGUGUUGGCUUAUACCGUGUGAUGGAUGAAAAGGAAAAGAACCUGGAACACAAAAGGUUUGUAAUUACCAGGCCAGCUAAUGAUUGCCACCUGCUGCCCUCAGAUCUCGUGUUCUGUGCCAUCCCGUUUAGCACUGCCUGUUACAAAACGGAAAAUGUUUCUUCAAAUCCGAGUCUUGAGAACAUUGCAAAUGUAACGUCACUGACCCCAGGGCGUCACAGAGUCGGCACAGAGGCAGAGAAAGCAUCUCUGCGUUCCAGCUCUCAAGUCUAUCCUUUGAAACUAUUCACUUCCAGUUUUUUCGAUCAAUGAAAAGUAAGAACAGAUGUGUGCUAUUUUUGUUCCCAUUGUUAGUAGUUCACAAGUCGGCAAGCCCACACCGCUGUGGAACAGACCCUCUUAUCCCACUGGAUAAGACGGUAGAUAAAUAAAGAUGCACGUGGUAAAUGGUAUCAAAGGAAAGUCCAUUGCGCUCCUUCCCUCCAGCAAUAAACGGGUUCACUGGAGCUGAAUUAAGAAGUCCUCCACAUGGAUAGAUGGUAAUAGGAACUGGAACCAAUUUGCCUAUGAAUAAGAUCUGUCGCAAGGCAGAUGUUCAUUAAAAUGAGUAUUAUGAAUAUUUUGGGAUCACG